AGGCGGCGGCGUGUGUGGUCCUGUUUUUGGACAGCUUUCAACUCUGGGGGAAAAAAACAUUUGUCUCAAGUUGGUGGACGCGUGAGUCGCGAAUUAAACUAUACUCGCCAGAAGAUUGGAGAAGAGGCUAUGUUUAAUCCUCAACUCAUGAUACAGACCCCGAAAGAAGAAGGAGCGAAUGUCCUGACCACAGAAGCGCUUCUUCAACACCUGGACUCGGCGCUCCAGGCCAGCCAGGUCCACGUGUACAUGUACAACAGGCAGUGGAAAUUGGAACAUUUGUGUUACAAAUCAGGAGAACUUAUCACGGAAACAGGUUACAUGGAUCAGAUAAUAGAAUACCUUUACCCUUGUUUAAUUAUUACACCUCUGGACUGCUUCUGGGAAGGGGCGAAGUUGCAAUCCGGAACCGCAUACCUCCUAGGUAAGCCUCCUUUGCGGUGGACAAACUUUGACCCUUUGGAAUUCCUAGAAGAGUUAAAGAAAAUAAACUAUCAAGUGGACAGCUGGGAGGAAAUGCUGAAUAAGGCUGAGGUUGGUCAUGGCUACAUGGACCGCCCCUGCCUGAAUCCGGCCGACCGGGACUGCCCCACCACAGCUCCUAACAAAAAUUCAACCAAACCUCUUGAUAUGGCCCUUGUUUUGAAUGGUGGGUGUCAUGGAUUAUCCAGAAAAUAUAUGCACUGGCAGGAGGAGUUGAUUGUGGGUGGCACAGUCAAGAACAGCACCGGGAAACUUGUCAGUGCCCACGCUCUGCAGACCAUGUUCCAGUUAAUGACUCCCAAGCAAAUGUAUGAGCACUUCAAGGGGUACGACUACGUCUCGCACCUCAACUGGAACGAAGACAAAGCAGCCGCCAUCCUGGAGGCUUGGCAGAGGACGUAUGUGGAGGUGGUUCAUCAAAGCGUCGCGCAGAACUCCACUCAGAAGGUCCUGUCCUUCACCACCACGACCCUGGAUGACAUCCUGAAGUCCUUCUCUGACGUCAGUGUCAUCCGAGUGGCCAGCGGCUACUUGCUGAUGCUUGCCUAUGCCUGUUUAACCAUGCUGCGCUGGGACUGCUCCAAGUCCCAGGGUGCCGUGGGGCUGGCUGGCGUCCUGUUGGUUGCACUGUCAGUGGCUGCAGGAUUGGGCCUGUGCUCGUUGAUCGGGAUUUCCUUUAAUGCUGCGACAACUCAGGUUUUACCGUUUCUCGCCCUCGGCGUUGGUGUGGAUGAUGUUUUCCUUCUGGCUCAUGCCUUUAGUGAAACAGGACAGAAUAAAAGAAUCCCUUUUGAGGACAGGACCGGGGAAUGCCUCAAGCGCACCGGAGCCAGUGUGGCCCUCACGUCCAUCAGCAACGUCACAGCCUUCUUCAUGGCCGCCUUAAUCCCGAUUCCCGCCCUGCGGGCGUUCUCCCUCCAGGCGGCAGUGGUUGUGGUCUUCAAUUUUGCCAUGGUUCUGCUCAUCUUUCCUGCAAUUCUCAGCAUGGAUUUAUACCGACGUGAGGACAGAAGGUUGGAUAUUUUCUGCUGUUUUACAAGCCCCUGUGUCAGCAGGGUGAUUCAGGUGGAACCUCAGGCCUACACAGAGGCGCACGGCAGCACCCGCUACAGCCCCCCACCCCCGUACAGCAGCCACAGCUUUGCCCACGAGACGCAGAUCACCAUGCAGUCCACUGUGCAGCUCCGGACCGAGUACGACCCCCACACACAUGUCUACUACACCACCGCCGAGCCGCGCUCUGAGAUCUCCGUGCAGCCCGUCACUGUGACCCAGGAUACCCUCAGCUGCCAGAGCCCAGAGAGCACCAGCUCCACACGCGAUCUGCUGUCCCAGUUCUCUGACUCCAGCCUUCACUGCCUUGAGCCCCCCUGUACCAAGUGGACACUCUCAUCUUUUGCUGAGAAGCACUACGCACCGUUUCUUUUGAAACCAAAAGCCAAGGUCGUGGUGAUCUUCCUUUUCCUGGGCUUGCUGGGGGUCAGCCUCUAUGGGACCACCCGGGUGAGAGACGGGCUGGACCUGACAGACAUCGUGCCUCGGGAAACCAGGGAAUAUGACUUUAUCGCGGCACAGUUCAAAUACUUUUCUUUCUACAACAUGUAUAUAGUCACCCAGAAAGCAGACUACCCGAAUAUCCAGCACUUGCUUUAUGACCUUCACAAGAGUUUCAGUAACGUGAAGUACGUCAUGCUGGAAGAAAACAGACAGCUUCCCAAAAUGUGGCUGCACUACUUCAGAGACUGGCUCCAGGGGCUCCAGGAUGCAUUUGACAGUGACUGGGAAACUGGGAAAAUCCUGCCAAACAAUUACAAGAAUGGAUCGGACGAUGGGGUCCUUGCCUACAAACUCCUGGUGCAAACCGGCAGCCGCGACAAACCCAUCGACAUCAGCCAGUUGACUAAACAGCGUCUGGUGGAUGCAGAUGGCAUCAUUAAUCCCAGCGCUUUCUACAUCUACCUGACGGCUUGGGUCAGCAACGACCCCGUCGCAUAUGCUGCCUCCCAGGCCAACAUCCGGCCCCACCGACCCGAAUGGGUCCAUGACAAAGCCGACUACAUGCCAGAAACCAGGCUGAGAAUCCCGGCAGCAGAGCCCAUCGAAUACGCCCAGUUCCCUUUCUACCUCAAUGGCCUGCAAGACACCUCGGACUUUGUGGAAGCGAUCGAAAAAGUCAGAACCAUCUGCAGCAACUACACGAGCCUAGGGCUCUCCAGCUACCCGAACGGCUACCCCUUCCUCUUCUGGGAGCAGUACAUCGGGCUUCGCCACUGGCUGCUGCUGUCCAUCAGCGUGGUGUUGGCCUGCACGUUCCUCGUGUGUGCCGUCUUCCUUCUGAACCCCUGGACGGCCGGGAUCAUUGUGAUGGUCCUGGCGCUGAUGACGGUCGAGCUUUUCGGCAUGAUGGGCCUCAUUGGAAUCAAGUUGAGCGCCGUGCCUGUGGUCAUCUUGAUCGCUUCUGUCGGCAUCGGAGUGGAGUUCACCGUCCACGUUGCUUUGGCCUUUUUAACAGCCAUUGGUGAUAAGAACCGCAGGGCCGUGCUGGCCCUGGAACACAUGUUUGCACCCGUCCUGGAUGGUGCCGUGUCCACUCUGCUGGGAGUGCUCAUGCUUGCGGGAUCUGAAUUUGACUUCAUUGUCAGGUAUUUCUUUGCUGUCCUGGCGAUCCUCACAAUCCUGGGUGUUCUCAAUGGGCUGGUUUUGCUUCCAGUUCUUUUGUCUUUCUUUGGACCGUAUCCUGAGGUGUCUCCGGCCAACGGCCUGAACCGGCUGCCCACCCCGUCCCCUGAGCCGCCCCCCAGUGUCGUCCGAUUUGCCGUGCCUCCCGGUCACAUGAACAGUGGGUCGGAUUCAUCGGACUCGGAGUACAGCUCUCAGACGACGGUGUCCGGCAUCAGCGAGGAGCUCCGCCAUUACGAGGCUCAGCAGGGUGUCGGGGGCCCCGCCCACCAAGUGAUCGUAGAGGCCACAGAAAACCCUGUUUUCGCCCGCUCCACUGUGGUCCACCCCGAAUCCAGGCUUCACCCACCCUCGAACAGUCGACAGCAGCCUCACCUGGACUCGGGGUCUCUGCCUCCUGGACGGCCAGGCCAGCAGCCCCGCAGGGAACCCCCCCGAGAAGGCUUGCGGCCGCCCCCCUACAGACCGCGCAGAGACGCUUUUGAAAUUUCUACUGACGGGCAUUCUGGCCCUAGCAGUCGGGACCGCUCAGGGGCCCGUGGGGCCCGUCCUCACAACCCUCGGAACCCGGCAUCCUCUGCCGUGGGCAGCUCCGUGCCCGGCUACUGCCAGCCCAUCACCACUGUGACGGCUUCCGCUUCUGUGACUGUGGCCGUGCACCCCCCGCCCGUCACUGGACCUGGGCGCAGCCCCCGAGGGGGGCUCUGCCCGGGCUACGAGGGCUACCCCGAGACUGACCCCGGGCUGUUCGAGGACCCCCACGUGCCUUUUCACGUCCGCUGUGAAAGGAGGGAUUCGAAGGUGGAAGUCAUAGAGCUGCAGGACGUGGAGUGUGAGGAGAGGCCCCGGGGAAGCAGCGCCAACUGAGGGUGAUUAAAAUCUGAAGCAAAGAGGCCAAAGAUUGGAAACCCCCCCCGCCCCCACCUCUUUCCAGAACUGCUCGAAGAGAACCGCUUGGUGUCAUGGAAGAGACGAGCACCAGGAGAGCGGUUCACCGUUACUGUAACCGAUUGUAUUAUUUUGUUAAAUAUCUCUAUAAAUAUUUAAGAGGUGUACACAUGUAUAAUAUACGAAGGAACAAUGUAAAGUAGUGUGGGGAGGCUGCAGUGGGACCCCUCCCUGUUUGUACAUUGGUCUCUGUGCCACAACCAAGCUUAAUGUAGUCUUAAAUUCCAGCAUAUGUUGCUGCUGCUUAAAUAUUGUAUAAUUUACCUGUAUAAUUCUAUGCAAAUAUGGCUUAUGUAAUAGGGUUAUUUUGUAAAGGUCUCUGUUUAAAAUAUUUUAAAUUUGCAUAUCACAACCCUGUGGUAGUAUGAAACGUUACUGUUAACUUUCGAACACGCUAUGCGUGGUAA